UUCAGCGACCCUUUUAACAAGCAUGGCUUCCAACGUGCCAGUCAAGAAAACCAGACUGGGAAAAAACAAGAAGAAAGCAUGGAAGGCAAUCGAUAUAUCAGAAGUAGAAGAUGUUUUAGAGGACGAAAGAAUGCAAGAAAGAACUGGGGGUCUUGUAGCUGAGAAGUCAGAUGACCAGUUGUUUAUGGUUGAUAAAGAUGCCUUCGAUCCAAAGGAAAAUGACACAAAAUUUCAAAAGAAAAACAGAAAAAGAGCCCUGAAAUGCCAUGCCAGCCUUGAACCAGACCCCAACAUCAAGCCUAUAACUAUAUCUCACAAUAUCAAGAAAGUACAACCAGAAGUAGAGAGACUGAGCAGAAGGAUAAAAAGUGGUAAAAAAACUUUAACAGAGAGAAAAGCAGAAAAGCAGCGCAUAGCAAGAAACAAACAAAGAGCAGAAACACGGAGAAACAAGAAUGUGUUACCUGUAGCAAACUUUGACUUAUGGGAGACAGAUGUGAAUGCUGAUAUCAGGGAAGAGGACCCUCAUUUCUGUGUGAUAACAAAAAGGAGAAGAAUCAAUGUACCAAAACAUUACAAUAAAAAACCAUCCGAGAUGACAGGUGUACAGGUUCCUGAUCCUGGAGCAUCAUACAAUCCUUCAUAUAACGAUCACCAGAAUUUGCUAGCCAAAGCAUAUGAUGUAGAGGUGAAACGAGAACGGAAGGAAAGGAAACUCUACAAUGCUGUGGAAGCUAAGUUUAGGUCAAUCUCCGCAGCUGAACUAGAGGCAAAUCUUCAAGCAGAAAUGACAGCAGGACUGAAUAAGGAAGAGGAAGAUCCGGUCGAAUUUACAGAGGAGGAGCUGGAAAAACUGUCUGUCGCUCCCCCUGUCCGCAGAGAGGACAAAAAAACCAGGAUCCAGAGAAAUAAAGAGAAAAAUAUUAAAGAGAAGAAACAUGGUAAAAUAAAAGAGAAAACAACUAAAACCAGGGAAAAAGAGAUAUUCAGGUUAAAGACUAUCAAAGCUGAAAUAAAGGCCAGAGAGAAGAAACUGUCAGAGAGGGCGAAACAGAAAAAAGAACGAUACGAAAAGUCAGGCAUGAAUACACGAAAGUUGGGGAAAGUAAAAUUUGAAGAAGCUGAGAUUGAGAUUAAGUUAAGUGAAGAGUUGCCUGGAUCUCUCAGACUCUUAAAGCCAGAAGGACAUUUAUUGGUGGACAGAUUUAAGAGUUUACAGAAAAGAAAUGUAAUCGAGCCAAGACUUGAAGCAAGCAAGAAGCGGAAAUAUAAACCGAAGUUAUUCUUGAAAAAAGGAUACGAAAUAGAGGAGGUUGGGAAAAGGUGAAACAAAAA